AUGUUACAACCGGGUUUGAGAGCAGCUUUUAAAGCAGCUUUUAGGUCCUUGCUGAGUCUCAUCCGAGAUUUCCUCAUCAGGGAACCAUUUGCCUUCAUUUUGAAUCGCAUCAAAGAAUAUCUAGCUAUGGACAAGGCGGACACACCGCGGCUGGGUUUGGCAGAGAUCCUGAACAGAGAGCCGCCCAUCAAAGAACUUGUUUCUAGUUUCCUGACAACGAAGGAUGGAUAUUAUCGAAAUCAUAGCAUCAUUCCACAAAUAAAUGGGGCACGGCAUUUCAUCACCGUCGAUGGCGAGGUCGAAGCUCCGUUUUCGAUAUCCGUAUCGCAACUCCGGAAUGAAUUUCCUCAACAUGAAGUUGUAUGUGCAUUGCAAUGCGCAGGAAAUAGGCGGCAUACUAUGCGAACGAAGCUAAAAGAGGUGCAUGGUGUCGACUGGGCCGAUGGAGCUAUCAUGAAUUGCAAGUGGAAGGGUCCGCGCCUUAGAGACGUUUUAAUGAGAGCACAGCUCAAGAAUAAGAAUCCAGAGCAGAGUCUGCUAAAUGUUGCCUUUGCCUGUUUUCAAGCUCCAUGCGAGGAUGAUGAUUAUUACGGCGUGAGCAUCGAGCUAUGGAGAGCCAUGAAGAUGAGCGAAGAGGUUAUCUUGGCCCUUGAUAUGAAUGAUGAGCCUCUACCGCCGGAGUACGGCUUCCCCGUUCGGGUGGUCGUGCCUGGAGUUGCUGGCGCACGAUGGGUUAAAUGGCUUGAUCGAAUCACAGUCCAAGCGGAUGAGUCGCCAAACUUCUAUCAACAGCAUGAUUACAAAGUUCUUCCCCCAGAGGCAAGCACCUGGGAACUCGCAGAGGACUACUGGAAAACGGUUCCGUCAAUCCAAGAAAUGCCAGUUAACUCCGUCGUCGCUUGUCCAGACGAUGGAGAUACCAUCAAGCUAUCCUCUGAUGGCUGUAUAGAAGUUAAAGGAUUUGCCGUCCCCGCUGGGAGUCAAGGACCGAUUGUUCGCGUUGAAGUCUCAACAGAUGGCGGAGAAAACUGGGUCGAUGCUGAACUACAGGAUGACAAGCCACAAUCCAAGUGGAGCUGGACUCUAUGGAAAGUCAGGGCCAAAGCUGAAAAGGGACAGGGUAAGACGAUAUAUUGUCGUGCUACUGAUGGAGGCGGGAAUACCCAACCGGAAUUUUCUCAAUGGAAUAUUCGUGGCGUGGUUUACAACGGUUAUGGUGCUUCGUGGGAUGUUAAUGUUGUUUAA